AUGUACACGACACGACGCCCUCGUCACUUCGAUUUACACCGCUUGGUCGGGUCUCAUCCAUCGCCCAGCUUGUCACCCUCCUUAAUCAAACAACCUUUCUCGGGUUCGUUAUAUAAGCCGUGGGUUCGGGCGCUCGAGGUCUUGCCAUCCCGACGCUGGGAUGUUCGGGCGCUCGAGGAUCGAAUCUCAGGAGGUCAAACUUUGUUUUCUCCUUCUGCCCAAAGUCUCAGGCGCAGCCACCGAGCAGGCCGCUUGCCAAGAUAUCCCCGUACGCUUGAUAAUACCGGAACCUCCUCCUGCUUUCGUCUCAGGCGCGAGGUAAACCCCCCCCCUCGCGGCUUUCUUUUGUCUCAUUCCAUCUCCCGAUCCUCUUCCCCACGAAUUUGUGCUUUUUCUUCUUCUACCCACAACAGCCCUGGUUUCUAUCUAGUACCGACUGUUGGACAGACAGAGAGAGACAGAGAGAGAGAGAGAGAGAGAGAGAGAGAGAGAGAGAGUCCUCUUAUUGCCGUCCCGACCAACUUGACUGUUCUCCUCCGACGAUAA